AUCAGCUGCUCUAUUGAUUCACAUGCGGGACUUAGGAUUUAGCUGGAUGGCCAUAUCACGAAUGUUGUCUGUAAACAUUCGAACACUGUACAACCACAGGAGACAACUUGGUUUAGUGGACUAUGGGACUUUCACAAACAUUUCAAAUGAUGAUCUAGAUCGUCAUAUUACUGAGGUUCUUCAACAAACCCCUGGAUCAGGAGAGACAUACAUCACUGGUAGUUUGAGGGGAAGAGGGAUCAGAGUUCCGCGAUGGCGAGUGCGAGAGCGUUUAAGAAUCAUAGAUCCAGUGGGAAGAGUCUUAAGAGGACGAAGGGCUAUUCAACGGAGGGUCUACAAUGUCUCUGUCCCAAAUCAAUUGUGGCAUAUUGACACAAACCACAAGUUAAAUCCAUGGGGAUUCGUGUUUCACGGUGGAGUUGAUGGCUAUAGCCGCUGUAUUACCUACCUGAGAUGUUGCACGGACAACAGAGCAUCAACUGCCUUGCAACUUUUCCAAAAUGCAGUGGAUCUGUUUGGACUCCCACAACAUGUCAGGGGUGAUGCAGGUAGUGAGAAUAUUGAUGUUGCAAGGUUUAUGAUUGAGAAUCGAGGGGCAAACAGAGGAAGCUUUAUGCUGGAAUGCUCCAACCUCCUGAAAAUCAAGGACCACUCAAUAUUGCGCAUGUGCAAAGACCUUAUGAUCAUCGCCGGUGUCAUCCUGAGUUAA